UAGCGCUUGCCUUGCAUUGGCCGAAGCGAAACCACACCCCGUCGAAAAAAACUGAUAGACAAAGGGUACAGCUGUGGGAGUGUAUCUCUGCAAAGAUUUCUCUCUGGCCUGAAAAUAAACUCCAAACAAAGCGAAUCCAUUGGACAUUUCCCAUCAAGGAAUUGCAGGGCCUUAAAAAUGAGCCUUGCGUAUGCACUGCACGAACAAGCAAGUCCUUCCCAUGUCAGAAGGUGACACAAGAGCCCAUACUCGGAGGUCCCUCAAGAAAUAUUGCUCAGCAAGAAUAUGAGAAUGUGCAGCCAUUACCAGUCAAAGCCACAGAUAGACAUGACAGACGAAUGGAGUAUGAUUGGAGUGGAAGAUAGGAGGAUUGGUGGAUUGGAAGAGCAGAGGAGUGGUGUAGAUGGGACUAUUUUGCAACAACAUGAGAGGAUAGUAGCACAGGAGUCAUGGAAUAGUGGAGUUAAGGAGAGGACAAAUUGGCAAGGGAGGAAACGUCAGGGGCCAAGAGGGAACCGUCAACCUUGGCUCAAGAAAUCCAAUUCAUAUUUGGACCCAAAUCAGGGAACUAGUAGCAGUGCGUCAUGCAGGGACAGGCUGAGGAACAUCAAGUUUACAGAGGAGGAGAACGACGUGUUGGUCACCAAAGUUCUGGAGAACUAUCGCAAACUGUACGGAGACGAUGCAUCAAGGACGUCGAGCUUUGAGAAGAAGCGGAUCUGGCGAGGCAUCCUAGAAGCCAUCAACUGCCUGGGCGUGAGCGUACGGAACGUGGACACUUGCAAAAAGAGAUUCGCAGACUGCAAGCGGUUUGUGAGAGCUAAGAUGAGCAAGCACUGGCGCCACGCUGGUAGACGCUCAGCCAUGAAUGUGUACUAUGCAGAUUGGGAGGAAAAGAUCAAAGCAAUUAUAUGUCCCCUGGGCGAGGCAAUUCCAGGAGUGAUUGACUCAGCUGAUCCUUGCACAUAUGAAUGUUCAGGUCACUGGUCUCCCUUGGAAAGUGUUUCGCCAGAAGCCCAGUUGUCUCCAGAUGAAAACAUCACCCCAGACGUUCAGUUUUACUCCGACUCUCAGAUAUCAGCAGAACCAAAGUCCCAGGGUGAGAAUGAUGAGUGGCAAAGCUUUAGAGAACAGGCACCUCUGAAUGUAAAAGAAGAAGGAGAGGCGGCCGCGUUGCCUGUGCCACCAGUGGAAAAUGAUCAUCAGAAUCCAGAAGACUUUUCUUCUUCUCAGCAGUGGGAGGAACCAACUCCGGAGGAACCCGUCUAUCCUGAUAUGGAGCAGCUCCUCCAGCAGAGCCAGGAUGCAUUCCGGCGAAGUCUAAGGCGGCAGCUACAUGCUGUCCGGCAGGAGCUUCGGGAAUUCCGGCGGGAUCACACCGAGAGGAUGGACUUGCUCCUCACACUUCAUCGCGAACACAUCAUUGUGGAGGAACAGCGGAACGAGAUACUUUCUCAGUUGGUUACAACUGUUAGUAAUUUAGCAAGUAAGCUAAGCACUGGCGAUGCAUGCAAACCACAGCAAUACUCACAGCCACCGUUUGCUACCACAUCUCUAAGCACAGGUGAAAACUCUUCCACCCGGACAGGUACCUCUAUACAGACUGCACCACGUUACCCUUCCCGCCAGUUAACCGAAGAUCCAAGAAACCAUGUAGUGCACAGAAAGAAAAAAUUUGCCCUACACCAUGGAUCUAUAGCCAAUAAAAGGAGAAAAUAAUGAGCUUUAUUUUUUUU